AUGUCUCUCCUGCGGGAAGCGCAACGAUGCCUAGCUAACCAGGCUGCGCGCAAGAGCCUCAAUGCCUUCAUCACCUUGCCCGACAGCGCCGCCGUGCUGCACCAAGUCCAGCGCGCCGAGUCGCAGCCCAUACAGCCCGCGUCUGCGCUCAAUGGCCGCCUCGUGGCCGUCAAAGACAACAUCUGCACGACCGACAACCCCACGACCUGCGCCUCGGCCAUCCUCCGCACCUUCACCUCGCCCUACGAUGCGACGGUGGUCCAGCGGCUGCGCGGCGCCGGCGCCGUGGUGGCGGGCAAGACGAACCUCGAUGAGUUCGGCAUGGGUUCACACAACCUGAACUCGCACUUCGGACCCGUUUCGCAGCUGCAGCAGGGCGAGAGCGUGUCGGCGGGCGGUAGCUCCGGCGGCAGCGCCGUAGCCGUGGCUACCGAGCAAUGUUGGGUAGCCCUAGGCACGGAUACAGGUGGCUCGGUCAGGCUGCCGGCGGCAUACACUGGCAUCGUUGGUUUCAAGCCGUCCUAUGGUCUGGUGUCGAGAUGGGGCGUAGUCGCAUACGCCAAUUCCCUCGACACUGUCGGCGUUCUGGCAAGGAACACUCAGGACGCCAGAGAAGUCUUCAACGCCAUCAACCACCACGACCCUCUCGACCCAACCAGCCUCCCCCCAAGCACACGCUCACGCCUCCCCCGCACUUUCCCCAACCGCGACCGUCCCCUCCGCAUCGGUGUCCCCACCGACUAUAACAUCACCGAACUCCACCCCGCCGUCCGCGCCACCUGGACACGCACCCUCACCCACCUCCAAUCACUCGGCCACGCCAUCGUCCCCACCACGCUCCCCACCACCCACCAAGCGCUGUCCGCGUACUACGUCCUGGCGCCGGCCGAGGCAUCAUCCAACCUGGCCAAGUACGACGGCGUGCGGUACGGCACGCGAGCGGAAGGCGCGGACGGGAACGGCGCCAACGACGUGCUUUUCAGCAAGACGCGCGGCGCCGGUUUCGGCGACGAGGUCAAGCGGCGCAUCGUGCUCGGUGCGUAUGCGCUGUCUGCCGCGGCCAUGGACAAUUACUUCAUCCAAGCGCAGCGUGUGAGGAGGCUGGUGCAGAGGGAUUUCGAUCGGUGUUUCCGCAGGGGGAAUCCGCUGCUGUCGGAGGUGGAGGAGGAGAAGGAGGAGGAUGUCGGUGCUGCCGACGAAGAUGCGAGGGUGGACGUCUUGGUUUGUCCGACGGCGCCGGCGUUGCCGCCGAGGGUGGAGGCGUUGAAGGAGGCGGAGCCGGUGGACGCGUACAUGAAUGAUGUUUUCACUGUGCCGGCGAGCUUGGCGGGGCUGCCGGCCAUGAGUGUGCCGGUGAGGGGUGAGGAGGAGCGUAAGGUGGGGAUGCAGGUCAUUGCGCAGUAUGGAUGCGAUGAGCAGGUGUUCGAAGUUGCGGAGAUGAUUGAAGGGCUGUAG